AUGCCCGAAAAGCUUAUCUUUCCUCGAAAAAGUGGUCCCACACGAACAAAGCCACUUGUCCCUCCCACAGUGCUUCUCGUGCGUUUUCAAAUCGGCAAUCACGGAGAAUUUCUUCGUAUUACACCUGCUGCAAGUGUACGUUUUGUCGCAAUGAGUUCUCUUGUAGUGAUUUUUCACGCACAAAAUCGUCUUCAGAGGCUGGAACUUGCGAUGAUCCUUGUUUCGCUUGCAGCCCACAAACGGGCAAGAGUACCUCUUGACAAGAACUUGCUCGGAACUCGAUUCUUUAUGGGGCUUCGCCAGUGCAGCCGGAGUUUUGUACUCAUCCCCAUGACCCCUCAUGUGCAUGCGUAA